UGUACAGACAGUUGCUGAGCGGCGGAGUCCAGAGCGGGGCUGGCGGAGGCGAGGAGGGGGAGAGAAUGUGACAAGUGGCGGCUCUCACUGUUGCCUUGGGAGGCCUCCCGCACCUGUCUCGUGGCCAGGAGAAGGAGCUGUCGGAGCCGCCGAGCCAGCCAGGAGCCCACCUUCCUCCAGUUGGGCCAAGCCGGAGCGAGCGGGCGUGCAGAAGAAGAAGAAGAAGGAGGAGAAGGAGAAGGAGAAGGAGGAAAAAGACGCGGGUUGCAGCAGGACUAGCCAGGGGAGGGGGGUUGCCUUUGAUCCAAACGAGAGAGAGAAAGAGAGAGAGAGAGAGAGAAGAAAAGAAAAAGAAAGAUAGGAAGGAAGGAAGGAAAGAAGGAAAGAAAGAAAGAAGGGAAGGGACAUGACUUCUUCAUUCAAGCUGGAUUUUCUGCCAGAGAUGAUGGUCGACAGCCGCCUCCUAGUUUCUGACAGAAUCAACGGCACAGCUAACAAAAUGAAUGGCGCUCUGGAUCAUUCAGACCAACCAGACCCUGAUGCCAUCAAGAUGUUUGUUGGACAGAUCCCCCGCUCGUGGUCGGAAAAAGAAUUGAAAGAACUUUUUGAGCCUUACGGAGCUGUUUACCAGAUCAACGUUCUCCGAGAUCGGAGUCAGAACCCACCCCAAAGUAAAGGUUGUUGUUUCAUAACAUUUUAUACCAGAAAAGCGGCACUAGAAGCUCAGAAUGCGCUGCACAAUAUUAAAACUUUACCUGGGAUGCAUCAUCCCAUUCAGAUGAAGCCUGCAGAUAGUGAAAAGUCCAACGCUGUGGAAGACAGAAAAUUGUUCAUAGGAAUGGUUUCGAAGAAGUGUAAUGAGAACGAUAUCAGAGUGAUGUUUUCUCCAUUUGGCCAGAUAGAAGAAUGCCGAAUCCUUCGGGGACCAGACGGACUCAGCAGAGUGCACAGCUUCAAUACGGAGUCUAGCCGAGGCUGUGCGUUUGUCACGUUUUCGACAAGGGCAAUGGCACAGAAUGCAAUCAAAGCUAUGCACCAGUCCCAGACCAUGGAGGGCUGUUCUUCACCAAUUGUCGUGAAGUUUGCUGAUACCCAAAAGGACAAAGAGCAAAGACGUUUACAACAGCAAUUGGCACAACAAAUGCAACAGCUCAAUACUGCCACUUGGGGAAACCUUACAGGCCUUGGAGGAUUUACCCCACAGUACCUGGCUAGAUUAGACAUUAAUAUGGAUUUACAGCAUCGGCUCUGGGGACCUUCAUUCCAACACCAGGCAGAAGCAAGAGACUGUAUAAAUCUUCUGCAGCAAGCAACAUCCUCCAGUAACUUGGGUGCCUUCAGUGGCAUUCAACAAAUGGCCGGAAUGAAUGCUUUACAGCUACAAAAUUUGGCAACCUUAGCAGCUGCAGCGGCCGCGGCCCAGUCCUCAGCCAACACCACCAAUGCGAAUCCACUCUCCACAGCAUCAGGGGCCCUUGGUGCACUCACAAGCCCAGUGGCUGCAUCAACAGCAAAUUCCACAGCUGGGGCAGCAAUGAAUUCUUUGACUUCUCUGGGGACUCUACAAGGACUAGCUGGAGCAACGGUUGGAUUGAAUAAUAUUAAUGCACUAGCAGUUGCUCAAAUGCUCUCAGGUAUGGCUGCCCUGAAUGGAGGACUCGGUGCAACAGGCUUGACCAAUGGUACAGCUGGCACAAUGGAUGCCCUCACCCAAGCCUACUCAGGAAUACAGCAGUAUGCCGCUGCGGCACUGCCCACACUAUACAGUCAAAGUUUGCUACAACAACAAAGUGCUGCAGGCAGCCAGAAAGAAGGUCCAGAAGGAGCAAACCUUUUCAUUUAUCAUCUCCCACAAGAGUUUGGAGACCAGGACAUUCUGCAGAUGUUUAUGCCUUUUGGAAAUGUUAUUUCUGCUAAGGUCUUCAUUGACAAACAGACUAAUCUGAGCAAGUGUUUUGGUUUUGUUAGCUAUGACAAUCCUGUCUCGGCACAAGCUGCAAUACAGGCGAUGAACGGCUUUCAAAUCGGCAUGAAACGCCUGAAAGUACAGCUGAAGCGCUCAAAAAAUGACAGCAAACCUUACUGACCGUUCUCCCAGAAGCUUUCUGCUCUUAAUUUAGUUUCCUUAGGACAUCUUCAUGCCCGUUAGUUCAUCGUUUGCCUAGCAUGUCCCUGUGACGUCUUAAAAAAGUUUCAUCGUCCCGUCAUUGUUUCUGAUGUCUUUCUGACCUCACAUCAUAAUUUGGUUCUCCUACUGAUCUUUGAUCUAUAGUUUGAACCUUUGAAAUUUGCAUGUGACCUCAUCUAGCUAUAUGAAUUCUGGGAAGUCAAUGUGAAAAGCAUUGCUGCAUUUAUGCAAGAUCAAAAUUUGUUCAUAGUCAAAUUUAUGAUAGGAGUAUUAACACACACAGACACACACACACACACACACACAACCUGUGGCAAAAUGUUUUGUUUAAAGUUUUCGAUGUUCCUUUUUUCCUUUUUUCCCCCCUUUUAUUCUUUUCUUUUUUUCUGUAAAAAAAAAAACAGACUUGAAAGUAUUAGAAUGAGGCUGGCAUUCUAGCUGGUCUCUUAAUGACAUAGCAAUAUGUGUCCACACAGGCACAGAAUGUUGGUUUCUAACAGACUACUUCCGAAAUAGUUUGAAAUGAAGAACUGUCUGAUUUUAAGUCUCUAGAGGUCUGUAAUAGUUUUUACAUUUUUCAGGCAGUGUAAAGUUUUUUGAUAAGGCCAUUUUAGGUGGCUCACUUUCUCAUUAAGAAUAUAUAUAUAUAGAACCACUUUUUGUAGAUUAG